CCUUCCUUCCAAGUCUUGAAGGAGGGCGAAGUACGUAGUUUAGUGAGCUAAAUUUGUAGGAUUAACAAAGCAGAAAACUGCUGUUUUGCAGAUUUUUGUGCUCUGGCAACAAGAAAGCAUCCUGAAAUCAGCUUUAUCCUACUCAACUUUAACAACUUGCCAAACCAAAUCUUCACAAAGGGAUACAUUGCUGCUUCUGGCUUGGACUGCUUGAGAGAGAAAGAAAAACAUGGAUGCUUUUGAGGGAAUUCACAGCGUCCAUAUCUCCUCAUCUCCAACUUCAACCCCAGGAUAUGAAGUCCUCAAGGCAGGACGGUCUGGAAUAACAGUCUACUCCUCUCCUGUCUUCUUCGGGACAUCUAAUGGGCCAGCAGUUAAACACAAGUCCAGCAGGGUCACAGAGGAGGAACGCUGUGCUGUUGGACAGUUGGUAGAUCUGGAUCCAGAGCCAGUGACCAUAGUGGAGGGAGGAGGCCGGGAUGGACCCACCUCUGGCAGGCCCCACGGCGAUCUCUGCCGGCUCCGCAGCUCCUCACUGGAGAUUAAAGAAAAAGAAAUCAGAGAGAAGGGGUCAGAGAUCCUCCGGGAACAGCUAGACGCAGCAAAGAGGGAACUGAAACUGAAAGACAAGGAGUGCGAGCGUCUGUCGCAAGUCAGGAAUCAGCUGGAGCAGGAGUUGGAGGAGCUGACUGCCAGUCUGUUUGAGGAGGCCCAUAAGAUGGUACGUGAAGCUAAUGUGAAACAAGCAGGAGCAGAGAAACAACUGAAGGAGGCUCAAGGAAAGAUUGACGUUCUGCAAGCAGAGGUGACCGCGCUCAAAACUCUGGUGUUGACAUCCACACCUUCCUCACCUAACCGGCAGCUGCAUCCUCAACUGCAGUCCACGGGUGCCGGAGGAUCCUACAAACGUGGCGCAGGCCACAUCCGCAACAACAGCGUCAGCGGAGCCUUUCAGACCUCAUCUGGAAAACCCGACCCUUCAGCUGUUUCUGUUCAGUCUGUGGCUAAUGAGGAGCGAGAGCCUGCUGUUCCUGCUCUCCUUUCUCUGAUUCCGCUGCUACCAGGCCAGUCAGUCAGUGUAAACGCUGAGGACCAGGGGGAGGGCCUAGGUACUGAUAACAAACAGAUGGACUCGGUUCUGUUUGCAGAGUUUUUGUUGUGGAAGGAACAUCCGAGUCGGGACCGAUCCACCGCCUUCCUGAGUCGCAUUUACAGAGAAGACAUCGGACCCUGCCUCUCUUUCACAAGAUCAGAGCUGUCCCAGCUGAUUCAGAGAGCCGUGGAAAACAACUCCCUGACUAUCGAGCCUGUGGCCAUGUCAGCUUUACCGAUGGUUAAAGCAUCUGCUUUAGAGUGUGGAGGUCCUAAUGGAUUUAGGGGUUCGGUAGAGACAAAAUGCGCUCUAAGCGGCUUGUCGCGAGUCUGCCGGCAUCGCAUCAAGCUGGGCGACAAGGGGAGCUACUAUUACAUCUCUCCAUCAAGCCGAGCUCGGAUCACGGCUGUGUGUAAUUUUUUCACUUAUAUCCGGUACAUCCAGCAGGGCCUGGUGAGGCAAAAUGCGGAACAGAUGUUCUGGGAGGUGAUGAGACUUCGCAGAGAGAUGACCGUCGCCAAGUUGGGUUUCUACCUCACGGACCAGGGUUAAAUAACUUGACGGUCAUCCUGUCCUGAUUAGCCACACAAGUCUGGGAGUUACAGAAGUCUAAUUUCAGUUUUUGAUCAUUAGUGCUGAGGCUUAGCUCCGCCAACCAAGGGAAGCAAGACAGAUGGCACUUUUGGGAAUGUAAUGAGACAAUCAAACCAUCACUGUUGGAUAGCGACCUGAAAAUAACAGUGAGGUUAUUGCUGGGAUUAUUAUUAACUCCACUCACAGUAUCUAUUAGGUAAUACGAAGGCUAGCUCUAAAGAAAUGUUCUACACAACAUCUUAUUGGAGCUCAGUGGGUUUUUUGUGGUUCAGAGGGACCCAACAGAAUUAAAACCCUCUAUGGAGUUUAGUUUUCUCUUAACUUGAAAUAUGCAACAUUUGUUUCUCACUAGAUGCUUAACCCCCUACCUGCAUCCUAAACAUCCCAUCCAACACUUCUUUCUGUGUCAGCAGUCUUACUUGUGUGCUGCCCUGCCUUGUGUUAACAUCAUAAACUAGUCACCUUCAGCCUCUUACAGCUUCCUGUGAUGCCUUCAUGUAACCAGAUGUGUUCUCAUUCACUCUCAGCAGUCAAAGCUUUACAGUGUACAGAAGAUAAUAGAGCUUUAUUACAGUUAAUUACAAUGCUUCAAAUGUAAAUGUGCACUAUUCAAUGAACAGUACUAUAAACAAGCCAUAAAUUACAUAGCCAUAUUAGACAAUGAAGAUUUACCUCAGAAUGUAAAUGUCUUAUAAUAGCCCAUUUUUUGUUUUGAAUAAAAAUCUUUUGAUGGUGAAAAUGAAGGAUUUAGUGUUAAGUGCAAUAUUUGCUUCUUAGCCAAAUUAUUGAUUUGAUGUUUUUUUUUUUUUUAACUCAAUGUAAUGAUGAAUAAUUGUGGAAACACUCCAAUAAACAAAGGCACUGUUGGUAAAAUGUGA